CUUCCCAGUUCUAUUUUAGCGAGCGUCGGGCAGGCAUGUGUGUGAGAGAGACGCCGGCUCCCAUCUCUUACAGCUGCUAACACACUGAACCUCACUAGCACAUCUGUCAUCCAGGAUAACCAAAACUGAAGAUAUAUAAACAGGUGUGGGUGAACAUAUGCCGAAUUCAGCGAGACAUUCACAACGAUAAUCAACAAGGAUGACGGGUUGGGCGUGCGCUGUGUGUGGAUGUGCGGCCAGCCAGCGCUGCGGGAAGUGUCAUCUGACAGCCUACUGUAGCAAGGAACACCAGAAGGAGCACUGGAACACACACCGUGCUCACUGUAGCCCCUACAGAGUGUGUGAGUCAGAGGAGCUGGGGAGGUACCUGGAGGCGUCUCGGGACAUCCAGCCAGGGGAAGUCAUCAUGAAGGAUUCUCCGCUCGUGUUGGGACCUCGACAGGUUACAGUGCCUGUGUGUCUAGGCUGCUUCACUCCUGUUGACGGCUCCUACUCCUGUUCCCUCUGUGGCUGGCCCCUUUGUGGCCCAGAGUGCCAGAACGUCGUCCUCCACUACCCUGAGUGCCAGCUCUCCAGAAACAGGCCAAUUAAGGUUCAGGUGCACAAGUUCAUGCAAGUGAACCAGAUGUAUGAGUGUAUAACUCCUCUACGAUGUCUAUGGUUGAAGGAAAAGGACCCCUCGAAGUGGUCAACCCUCUCCCAGAUGGAAUCCCAUAUGAAGGAGCGUAUCAACACCGAUGUCCACGAAGUCAAUCAAGCCAACGUUGUUGAUUUCAUGAAUCAGUACCUCAAAGUCAAGUCUUUUACACCUGAGGAGAUACACACAGUGUGUGGUAUUAUCGACGUCAAUGGCUUCGAGAUCCCGGGGCCUAAUGCGAUAGGUCUAUAUGGCAAAGCAUACCUCUUAGAGCAUAACUGUAUCCCUAAUACAACCAGGACAUUUGAUUCCCAGUUAAACAUCGUCAUCAGAGCAGCAGUCAAGAUCCCUAAAGGAAGCCACAUCACUACAUCAUAUACAGACCCAAUGUGGGGCACAGCAAAUCGACAAUUGCACUUAAAGACAAGUAAAUACUUCAAGUGUCUUUGCGCACGCUGUCAAGACCCGACCGAACUGGGCACACACCUGAGCAGUUUGCGUUGCGGUCAAUGUCCUUCAGGGCUGAUGCUUCCCUCACCUUCUCCCCUCAGUCCUGAAGUCUGGGGGUGCAAUAACUGUUCGCACAAACUGGAUCAACAGCAAGUUGAAGAAUUCUUGAAGCAGACUGGAGAAAAGCUGGUGAGCCUCAAAGAAGGUUCUCUUGCAGCCUCGGAAGCGUUCCUGAAGACUACGGUAACCAGACUAAGCGAGAACCACUAUUACAGGAGCGACGUGAAGCUGGCCAUGGCUCAGAUGUAUGGUCGCACAUCUGCUCAACAAACGCCACAACUCCAAGAACUCUCCAAAGAUCUGUUAAAUAGAAAGGAACAACUCUGCCGUGAAGUACUAAAGCUUGCUGAUAUAUUUAGCCCAGGAGAGAGCAGACUUCGAGGACUCCUGAAGUACGAACUUCAGGCAACCUGUAGGGAAAAGUUUCGCAGGUUGCCCAAGAAACUGAAGCUCUCUCCACAGGCUAAACCCCUUCUCCAGGAAUGUGUAGAGGCCCUGAAGGAAGCGAGCACCAUCCUACUUCGUGAAUCACCUGUUCAGGACGAGUACCAGAUGGGUCUCCAAGCUGAGGCUGACCUGGCCAAGGUCACAGCCCUUUUGUCCAAAAUCCACUGACAUUUAGGCAGCAAUUAGUAGGGUAAGGUUAUACAAUGGUGUCAUUACGUGAAGUAUAUUGGAUUCUGUAACCUGUAUCAUUAUCUGUUAAUUCGAUUCAUUGACUUAUUGGAUUCUAUAUCAAAUGGAAGCAAAAAAAAGAAUUGCAUCUAAUUUUUUUACUUUGCUAACUAGCCAGCUAAACAAAAUAUGAUUAUACAACCAGAGGUUAAAGCACAAUAUUUCUUUAACUGAUUAGCAUUAAAUGUAAAUUUGUUCAGUAUCAGGGCAGCUGCAUGCAGGAGCAAGCACUAUCAGGGCAGCUGCAUGCAGGAGCAAGCACUAUCACUGCAAAUGAAUGAUAGAACUGAUAAGUUAACCAAGGCAUGUGGACUUGAAGAGGCAGUUGAUUACCAUCUUCAAUUGCCUUCGAGUAGCUUGAGGGCAAUAAUAUAAUAUUUCCAACACAAUUUAGUAGACUUAAGACAAUGAAAUUGCACUAAGUACACUAGAGUGUACUAUGUACAGUCCUAUAAUGCAUUGCAAUAUAUAAGAGAAUGUUUGUUCAAAGUUGGAGAACAGAUGCGCUGGGCUAGACUUGCACAAAUUUGUAGGGGGACUGGUCUGGGGUAUGGGAUGGAGUAGGCUGAUUGGAAAUAAUGCUCUAGGAAAUAUUAGCAAUUAUAAACACUCCAAGGCCAUUUGUGCGGAGUCGUUCAUAAUCAAGUGGGGAAAUAUGGCGUGUGAUAACGUGGAAUUGUUACCGAAAAGAAACAAGACUGGAAAAGGGAAAUAUGUUUAACUGAAUUUACACGAGAGUCACUAACACUAGUGGCCUCGACGAGGACAGAAAGCCAGCGGCUUGUUGAAGGUCCCCACAUUUGCCUUGAUGAUCUUUUUCCAGUUGUACUUUAAAAGUUAACAGAGUUUUGACAUUUACG